UUUCGCUUUCGAAAUGAUCAUGACGAAACUGCAAUUUCUAGAAGAUCGUUUUACUGAGGUAGAAGAGCAAGUGAUUAAAAAGAUAAGUGAUUUAUGCAGUAGAAAGGAAAGCAUCAUACAACACAAAAACGAUUCAAACAAAGUGCGUGAUAAUGUGUACACAUCCUGCAGCGAGGUUCCCUCUUCCGGAAUAUAUUCCAUUCAACCGGAUAACACCUUCGAGGAACCGAUGAGGGUGUUGUGUGAUCAAGAUUACGAAUCAGGCGGAUGGAUUGUAUUUCAACAUCGCUUUAACGGAUCGACGGAUUUCUAUCGGAAUUGGCAAGAGUACAAGAAUGGGUUUGGAAAUCUGGACGGUGAGUUCUGGUUGGGUUUGGACCGUAUUCAUCAGUUGACCGUAUCACGAGCACAUGAGUUGGUAGUGCUGCUGGAAGAUUUGGAUGGCUAUAAAAUGUACGCCAAAUACAAUCAGUUCGAGAUUGGAAAUGAAAACGAAAAGUAUGUAUUGACGAUACUAGGUGAACACUCGGGAACGGCUGUCGAUUAUUUUGUACGCGAUCGGGCCAUGAUCCCAUUUUCUACAUUCGAUGCGGAUAACGACGUAAGCACGAGAAAUUGUGCAAAAACAUUUCAUGGAGCAUGGUGGUUCAGUGAUUGUGGAUAUAGCAAUCUCAAUGGACGAUACGGAACUGGAGAUGAUUACAUGUCCAAAUUUCAUUGGUAUCGUUAUGAACUCAAAAUUUCAAAAAUGAUGAUAAGACCAAAAACGGCUUAGCUGUUUAGUGAUGCAAAUCUUUUAAAGCACAUGUAAAUCGUUAUCACACGAUCCAAUUGAUUCAAAAAAUAAAAAGUUAUUUAACUACACAAAAUA